AUAUCACCUCAUCCAUCAUAUCGGUGAGUCAAGUCCAGAGAGAGCUAUGUGUUGGGUACCUUUACCAGUCACAAGUUCAUCUAACCCAUUCCUCGCUGUCUUAUCAAUUCCAUCUAUCCGCAGCCCGUUUGACAUUUCCCCCAGCCCUUUCUUUCCCGUUGUUUGUUUCUCGCAGUUUAUCCAACACCAAAAGUAAUGGAAACUUACUCGUCGUAUGUCUAGCAUAACCCGAAGUAAUUCCCCAACACAGUAAUCAUGCCCAGCAACGAGACCAUCCUCCAGGGCGUCAGCGUCCUCGGCCAGGUCCAGGAGUCGCACCGCAAGAUCCUGACCCCUCCCGCCCUAGCCUUCCUCGCCCUGUUGCACCGCUCUUUCAAUCCCACCCGCAAGGCCCUCCUCGAGCGCCGCAAGAUUCGCCAGGCCGAGCUCGACAAGGGCUCGCUCCUAGACUUCCUGCCAGAGACCAAGCACAUCCGCGAGGACCCGACAUGGAAGGGCGCCCCGCCCGCCCCCGGUCUUGUUGACCGCCGCGUUGAGAUCACGGGGCCAACAGACCGCAAGAUGGUGGUCAAUGCGUUGAACGCCAACGUUUGGACCUACAUGGCUGAUUUGGAGGACUCGAGUGCCCCGACAUGGGACAACAUGAUCAAUGGCCAGGUGAACCUGUACGAUGCCGUGCGCCGUCAGGUCGACUUCAAGCAAGGGGCAAAGGAGUACAAGCUCCGGACAGACAAGCCGCUUCCCACCCUCAUCGUGCGGCCCCGCGGCUGGCACCUCGAGGAGAAGCAUGUCACAGUCGACGGUGAGCCCAUGAGCGGCUCCCUCUUCGACUUUGGCCUGUACUUCUUCCACAACGCCACCGAGGCCGUCAAGCGUGGCUUCGGGCCCUACUUUUACCUUCCCAAGAUGGAGUCCCACCUUGAGGCCCGCCUCUGGAACGACGCCUUCAACCUAGCCCAGGACUACAUCGGCAUGCGCCGUGGCACCAUCCGCGGCACCGUGCUGAUCGAGACCAUCAUGGCUGCCUUCGAGAUGGACGAGAUCAUCUACGAGCUGCGCGACCACAGCUCUGGCCUCAACUGCGGCCGGUGGGACUACAUCUUUAGCGUCAUCAAGAAGUUCCGCCAGAACUCCAACUUUGUGCUGCCUGACCGCAGCUGCGUCACCAUGACGGUCCCCUUCAUGGAUGCUUAUGUCAAGCUGCUCAUCCAGACUUGCCACAAGCGCGGCGUCCAUGCCAUGGGCGGUAUGGCGGCGCAAAUCCCCAUCAAGGACGACCCGGCGGCCAACGAGAAGGCCAUGGCAGGCGUCCGCGCCGACAAGUUGCGGGAGGUGCGCGCCGGUCACGACGGCACUUGGGUCGCGCACCCGGCCCUGGCCGCCAUCGCAACCGACGUCUUUAACCAGCACAUGCCCACGCCCAACCAGCUUUUUGUGCGCCGCGAGGACGUGACCAUCGGUGCCAACGACCUCCUCAACAUGAACGUCCCCGGCAAAAUCACCGAGGAGGGCAUCCGCAAGAACCUCAACAUCGGCCUGGGAUACAUGGAGGCCUGGGUCCGCGGUGUCGGAUGUGUGCCCAUCAACUACCUCAUGGAGGACGCCGCUACCGCCGAGGUCUCGCGCAGUCAGCUCUGGCAAUGGGUACGCCACGGCGUGACCACGGCCGAGGGCAAGCGCGUCGACAAGGGCUACGCCCUCAAGCUGCUGAAGGAGCAGGCCCAGGAGCUUGCCUCCAAGGCCCCCAAGGGGAACAAGUACCACCUCGCCGCGCAGUAUUUUGCGGGACAGGUCACAGGGGAGGACUAUGCUGAUUUCUUGACCUCUUUGCUUUACAACGAGAUCACCUCGCAGGAGAGCCCCAAGCCGGCUUCUAAGCUUUGAGUGCGGUUUGGAAACGGAGGCGGGAGGGCGGACGAGGAUCGGAUUGAUUGCAUUGUUCAACGUUGUACCAGCUCUUUGGUUGUAUGGAGGUUGCUGUAACAGGUAUCGGCUUUGUUUGUUUUUAAAGCAAUGUGAGCGGACGUGACCGCCGGUCUGGGAAAAGUCCAGGUAUCAAGUUCGUUAUCAACCAACGGCCGCAGAUUCGAAAAUAGGAAUGAAUAUGAGGCGUGUGUUUUUUCGGCUGCCAA